AUGGUUAUCGAUCCGCGCCCAACUCCUUCCACCAACCCCCUUCUCUGGUGGCUGAUAGUCCUGGUGCAGUCUGCCAUGGGCCCUCUCCAGCAAUACGACUGUAUCAGCAGAGGACAGUUCCAAGAGAACAUCCUCCCUAUGGAUAUUGAUGUUCGAACCCGCGUCGAGGCGGUGCAGCUUUACGCAAAAGUCUUGAUCUUAAACCGCGCCUUUCGCAAGUGGGGGCCACCCAACCGAGACUGGAUCCUCGAGGUAGGCAAUGAUUUGAAUAUGGUGGACACCAUGUGGCUGAAUGAGGACACUGAUCAGCGACCACCGGAGGAGCGUGAUUCAAGGACUUGCGAUUCAAAAGCCUGGCUAGAGAUGCUUGACCGGCUAGAGGUCUACUCCGUGAAGUACCUAGGGGGGGAAGAUGAGACGGUGCUUGCGAAAGCUUUGAAACUACUUCAAUCGGUCUUGCCUGUCAAGCUCGUUUCUCUAUCAGUUACUUACUCUGCUUACUUGAUCCUACCUACUUUGUGCGGCUUGUUCUACAUUGCUUUAUAUAUGCUAACGUCUAGUGUGGCUACUUAUGUGGAAAGUGGAGACGGCUUAGACCGGCCUGAUUGGUUCUGGUGUUUCUAG